AUGAUGCAUAAAGUCAAAGAUGUGGUUUCGAAAUUUUUGCAUCCAUCAUUUUUAUUCUCGACUGAUAAUGAAACAGAUCGUUCUAAACGAAAAAGAUCUGGUUCACCUGACAAAAAUAAUAAUGAACAACAAAUAGAGCCAACAGGCACUACUACAAUUACUACAAGUAGUUAUUCAAAUAAUCGUUAUUCAUCUACGAAAGACGAUGGAGCACAAUUGACUGAUGAUGAAGAUAAUAAUAGUCGAGAUGUACCAUCAGCUGAACAAGAAAAAAAACGACGUCGUACUGCUAACUAUCAAUCUACUACUUCGACAAAUAUUUAUCUUGGAGAUGAUAAACCAUCACCAUCUACAAGUAGUUCAACAGAUACUCAUAUAUCAUCAACAAGCACAACACCAAUUCUACAUCAUCAUACAACUACUCAACAAAAUUAUUAUGAGAGAAUAAAUCGAUCGAAACAACGUUAUCCUAUUACUUCAACUUAUCGAGGUUCAACAUUAAAUUAUGAUCCAUCAAAAUCACCUCUUUUCUCUACUGGUAAACACAACACAACAAAUCUUCAGUCAAAUGAAUUUUCAGCUAAUCAUUUAUUAGCAACUAGUCUAACUAAUCGAUCACAAUCAUCAAUAUCAAAUCAUCAACAAUCUUCAGCAACAUUAACAAAUCCAGUAUCCAAUCAAAGACAUAUGUUAGGUGGUAAUUAUACAUCAAAUAAUUCACGUCGUUUACCUUAUAUUGAAAGACUUCGUCAACGAACUUUAAAAGAUUGUAUACGACAUAAUCAUACACUUGAUAGUCAACCAGCAUCUGUAUCAGCGAUUGAAGAACAGAAAUCGAUUACAACUUCUCCAGUAUCAAAACGAUUAAAAGUACCAGAAAAAGAAUGUGGAAUUCAAUGUGAUAUUCCAAUUGUAGAAUCAAGUCAAACAUCUGACCGUAUAACUUCUGCAAUUGAUAGUCAAAAUGAAGUAUCAUCGGCUCCGAUUAUUCCACAAAUUCAAACAAAUAGUUCAAUUACAAUUGAAAAAAAAACAUCAUCCAUACCAUCAAUUACUAUUACCAAACCUAAAGUACUCGGUGAUAUUACACCAUUUUCAUGGCCAAAAUUUGCUCGAGCUCAACAAGAAUAUGCCAAUAAAUAUCCUGAAAAAUGUCGGAGAGAUGCAGUUGUUCCUUCACUUAUUGGAAAAGCGAGCGUGAAUACUACUGCAACAAUUUAUCCAUCGAUAAAUGCUACUACUAUGCCAAAAAUUCCGUUUUUAUCUUCACGUCCUACUGAACCCGUUUGGAAAUGUCCAUGUUGCACUAAAGAACAUGCCGUACAAACAGCAUCCUGCUCACUUUGUCAUGGAAUUAAUCCAAAUUAUAAAAAAUUAAGUGCGAUUAAACCAGCAGAAACAGUCGAAAAAGAACAAGUAGCAUCAACUGUGAUUGCAAAAGAAUCAAGUAUAUCUACACCGGUUAUUCCUGUUACUAAUCAAACAACUACUAAAGAAAAUGUAUUAUCAACUUCGUCACCAGUUAUAACUACAAGUACUAUUACUACUGCAUUUCCUUCAUUCGGUACUACACCAGUUACAACCAAAGAAAAUACAGCUAUUAAUUUUUCUGCACCAAUAUUUGGUAUAGCAUCUACAACUUCUACACAAAAUACGAGUAUUACGACUGCUCCAGUGACUACUAGUUCUCCUAUAUUAAGAUUUGGUGUAACACCAUCGCCCAUGACAACUACAACAGCGAAUCCAGUAUUAAGCAGUACAUUUCCUCCAAUGUUUGGUACAACACCAAUCGCAUUCCCAACAACAAUACCAAAAGAAAAUCCCGUAGCUACUAAUGAUUUACCUUUAUUCGGCGUGACAACGACAAAAGAAAACUCUACUACUACUAGUGCACAACUAUCAUCUGGUACAAUACCAUUCAAUAAAUCAUUAACUCCUGCUCCUAAUACUACUACAAGUAAUUCCUUUCAAAUUGGUACAUCAUUCCCAUCUUUUGCUUCAUUACCAUCGACAAAUCUUACUGCAGUUCCUACAAGUUCUGCUGUUCCAUCAACUGUUGGAAUGACACUCAAUCUACCACCGUCAAUACCUUUUGGAUCAUUUGGUAGUACCACAGUAACAACAGCACCGACAACUACAACAGUUUCAUCCAAUCCUUCAACAACAUUUGCAGUUCCAUUUGCUACUUCAGCAUCCUCUUUAACAGCAAGCACUUCAACCGCUCCAAAUUUAUUUGGUUUUUCAACGGUAACGCCAGUAUCUUCUACUAGUACUACUUCAAUGUUUCCAGUGCUACCAACAACGAGUACUUUUUCCAGCCCAAGUAAUUUUAUGGCUGCACCAACAACUACAACAUCAGCUCUACCUGCAUUUGGUAAUAAUAGUAGUUUUAGUAUUGCACCUUCGUCAACAACAGCAACAAAUCCUCCAUUCGCUUUCGGAGUGAAUACUUCUCCAAAAUCCAUGACACCAACACUUAAUUCACCAAUGAAUACAACUGCUGCACCUGCAUUUGGUACAAUUACCCCAUUUGGUACAACUCCAAUAUCAUUUGACAAAUCUACAAAUUCAUUUUCAACUCUUACUUCAUCAAAUCCACCAUCGUUUAGUUUUGGAAUCCCAUCAAAUACUAAUCAAUCUUCAGUAACUCCAGUUGUUUCUACUGGUGGUUUUUCAUUUGCACCUCAGUCAUCAACAACACCGAUGUUUGGCAUUGGAUCACCUUCAUUAGCAUCAAAUACAUAUAGUUUCGGCUUACCACCAACAACAUCCGCAAGUAUGUCUUCAUUUUCAUUCUCUACACCAGCAACAUCAUCGCCUUCGAAUCCAUUUUCAACAACAGAUCUUCCAAGUUCCACAGAUGGAAUAUCGGAUAUGUUUAACAUUGGCAGUGGAGGUUCACCACGACCUAUGCUUAGAGCUAGACGUCGAAGAAAUCCAUAA